AUGCCUGCGACGCCUCGAGCUUCCAGCGCCGAUGGUGUGACUACGUCGCUAUUCACGGCAAUGGGGGCCGUGAUCAUGGUGCCCUUGAGCCGGUUCUUGCUUGUUCGGGCUGCUGGCGACACCGACACGAAGGGUCACACGCCGAUCUUGCCGUCAAACAUUUGGCACUUGGAGUAG